CGACAAUUGGACCGUUUUUAGUUGGACAACUCACGGGGUUUGAAAGUCGGCUGCGCUCCGCACCAAACGCAGGUUAUGAACGGACACGACAACAAGGCGCUUUUGAGGUGUCAGCCUUUCUCGGUUGGCCUCUGUUUUUUGUCGUUGCUCGCCAAACGCACAUACGGAACCUAAUACGGCAUUGCUCACAAUGAUCUCAUCUCCCAUAAUCCUCUCGCUGGCUGCCUUGGCUGCCUUCUCGCCAUAUGCAGUCGCUCAAACUCCAACAAACACAACUGGUGCCCCGCCAGAAUGCGUUGCCGCCGCGGACUCUCGUCUCUGUGGAGACUUUGCGGGUCAAAUGAUCGAUUUGCGCAUGGCUAGAGACGUAGCCGGACCGUUCUGGAACUGGAACUUGACGGGCGUCGACAGUAUUGGCAAAUUGGAUGCCGCAUUAGUUAGGAUGAUGAUUCCGGGUGCCCAACAAGAUAACGGCAUGUAUCAGUACUUUGGUUGCCCAGCUUGGGAUGGAAGUGGCUGGCGGUAUCGGUUGACGGCUUUAUGCGGCUACUUGACGCAACAAUCAAACAAGUGUUCCGGAAAUUCUCCCACGGGACUCGUAUGCCCAGAUGCAUGGAAAUUGUUCCAGGACUCUGGCAUGCAAGCAUUUACAAACACAACCAAAUGUCCCGACGCCAAACUGACUCAAAUCAGAUCUCUCUUUGCUAUCGUCGACAAAGCUCUUCCUGCAACCACUGACGAGAACAUUAAAAAGUGCGUCACCGCCACAUUUGAGUUGAACAAUUGUGGAUUCGGAACGACUCAGAGAGAUCUUAAUCUUGCAACCUCCUAUUGCGCGACAAACAACCGAACCGACCCUUGCUGUUCAAUGCUAAACAUGAACGUUCUGGAUCUGAGCAAUCCAACGGUGACCGCUCCUAAAUCUCAGCCAUCUGCCUCUCCCUCACCAACCGCCGCUGGCAGUGCAAACACAUCUGCUUCUUCGUCUUCAAGCAGUGCUCCUUCAACAGCAGUGAUCGCGGGCAUUGCAGUGGGCGGGGCGGUGGUAUUGGCCGUUGCGAUCGUCGGUGGAGUCGUCAUCACUCGUCGACGCAGAGCUCAACGGGAUCUUUGGAACGCCCACACCAACUUGGUACAACAAAGCAAGUCCACCACCCCUGUUUAUGCGACUGGCGGAUCAGAAUUUCGAGGAAGCCCUUCUCGAUUGAGCCCUUCUAGGCAAUCGGCAUAUUCUUCUCAGGUGCCUAGGCAACCCACGCCUACCAGACAGCCGUCGGAAUACUACAAUGCUCCACCAAAGCCACACUACACAAGGAACAGCCCGUCCGAUUACUGAGCGUUGCGCGCUGACAAUGUCACCCUUUCUAUGAUGUUGAUAUGGGCUGGUCCCGACUAUUAGAAACCUAGUCUUAAAUGCCAUAUGGUUAUUGUGCAAUUAGCUAUUAGAUAAUAAAGACUGUCACUAAACAUCUCGUGCAAUGCAUUUCCGCA